CAGCAAGUGCCAGAGCGUGGAUGCCAGAUGCCGAACCACAAAGUUUUUAUUUUGUAAUCCUGUUGUAACACCUGGCCUUCUCCCGAGAAAACCCUAGAUCUCUCCGAACCAUUCAGCGUAACUCACUUGUCUCCACGAUAAUCUAGUGGGUUUGCAUGUAUUCCCCUGGUUGUGGAGUCUGGUUCGAGAACAAGCUCCGUCGAUGCGAGGUAGUGCUGUAUAUAGCGAGCUUGAGCUCUAUUGGGUAGGCAGAAUUUAUUAGUGGUUAAUGUUUCUUGGAUGCAUUGAAGGUAGUUUUGGACUGUAUUGGUAGCUCGUGGUUUUCUUUGGUGGGAAUUCGACGCUCCGGCAACACGUUUUAUUGCGAUCAGGGUGUGCAUAAAGGUCGUGGUGUCUUUAGUACAGGGUUCUCCCGAAGACGUCUGGAUGGGAUCUAUGCGGAUCCUAGCUUGAAUUAACUGAGCCUGUAAGUAGAUAUCAACAGUUCUGAAGGAGAAUCAUUUCUUGACUAGGACAUUCAUCAUGGGAACCAUUGGUGGACUUGAGCCAGACGAAGCCAGUUCAGAUUCGAAUUCAUGGAACAGACUACCUGGUGAUAUUGUAGUUAGAGUGUUGGCUCGACUACCGGUGCCUCAGCUCUUCCGGGCUCGCACGGUUUGCAAGCAAUGGAAUUCGCUAACUUCAACUCCUGAGUUUCUAAACCUGUGCAAUGGUCAGUACGAACCCUAUUUUCCAGCUAUAAUAUCACGCAAAUUCUACAGGGGAGAUUCUGGGAGUUGUACAUCGGGGAACGAUGAGCAAGGAGGAAAUGAUUUAUUUAGCGUGUUCUUUGGGUACGAUCACAUGACCGAGAAAUGGCAAAAGUUGCCACCACUUGACUUCUUACCUCGUGAAGCGAGGGCGCCUGUUGCUGGUGCUGGAGGAUUUAUAUGUUUCAGAGGGGCUUCAAGCCUGUUCCUAUGCAAUCCUGUGGCGCGAACAUGUGUGGAGCUGCCACCAAUCACAUACAAAUGGCCAUCAUCAGUCUCUGUGCACAUUUUAACAGACCAGUCCACAAGAUCCUACAAAGUGAUCAUUGUUGGAAAGAUUCGGUAUACCUUUGUCACAGACUCGUUUCCAAGUAUCGCAAUUUACGAAUCAAGUACAAAAUCUUGGAUGGCCGUCGAUGCCCAUCAUCCAGCAAAUGUAUUCUCUUAUGGCCCAACGGCGGCUGUAUGUUGGGGCUCCGUGUACUGUGAGGCAAUCUACCAGUGCGGCCAGAUCGGUGUGGUGGCCUAUGACAUCGAAGCUGAGACAUGGCAGAAAGUGCUACACAAGGUCCCGCUAGACGACCGUGGCGAUUACCAGUUGACUCAAGUGGUGGAGUGUGGCGGUUCCAUUUACAUGGUCCUUGCGCGUGGAUUUGGGGGAGUAGUUACAUGCGUGUACAUCCUCAAGCUCGAGGACUCGAAUACAGAUGCUCCUGUUGGAUCCGUUCCAAGAGAUUGGCAUGAAAGUGAGGAUCCAACUAGAGCCCAACUACAUCCGAAAGAGUGGAGGGAGGUCACGAGUUUAUCCGAGGAAUUGCUCGAAGAUUUACGCGACGAAUGGUUCCAGAAUGACGAUGCAAAUGCGAGUACCAUUGUUUGUGUUGGACAUGGUACUCGUAUUUGCAUCUCUGCAGGUGUGAGUUUGAUUCUAGUGUACGACAUUCGAACAGACCUCUGGAGUAAAGUACCAGCGUGUUCUCAACAUUUCGAGUUGGGUGUACAUUUCUAUGUGGAGCCCAUUCAUUUUCCCAUCGAGCUGCAUUUAGCAUCUCCAGUUUGAGGGCGUAUUUAUUGACUGGUUAGGUUUGCUAAUACAAUUCUUUUCUGGGUCAAGUUCCGAAAGGCACAGGGUUAGUGGAACCGCAUGGCUCUUAUUUACAGGAUUCUGUGUAGGAUUUGAUCGCAUUUCUUUUUCAUUGCCAUAUUUCUGAAGACGUGGCUUUGUGCCAUUUACCCCUCUACGAAGUAUUUGCGAGUGUGCUGUACAUCACAUUGUAAAUGACAUGGUCAUCGUCCAAAUGUCCCAAGGAUUAAGUCAGUUACAGCGGCCAGGUUCAGCUAUAACUACGUGAGCCUAGCAACGCAUGGAGAUGGUUCUACCAGAUGGCAUAUCAGUCCGGAUUCCUUGCACUACAGAUCCAGAAUUUCCACAAAGUAAAUUAGCAGUGGCAACCUAAAGUCUUGAAUAGCCAUUAUGGAUCCUUGGUUGAGAUAACCUGUGCAAGCGUUCAAGAAGUUGUAGCAAGGGAGAAAUUACGUACUUUUAUUUAUUAUGUAUCAAAUGUAACAUUUUUCUCUGCUACAGGCAGAAGCUGCGCUAGGGAGAGUAUGUUACACAAGGAGCUGUGGGUUGAUAUGGUAACUCCCUGUUGCGAAAGUGUACAAUCAAAUGUCCCAAGUAUUCAUUCACGCUUGAUUUUUUAUUCUAAAAAUUAGUAUCAUCUUUAAAUCUUUUUCUCAUUUUCAA